UAAAACAUGUAGAAUGGUUGCAGGAACUGGGUAUGGCUAAUCUAGAGAGGUUUUUAAGAAGAGACCGGACAGCAUUUGUCUCAAAUUAUAUAGAAUCUGUUGCUUGAGCAGGGUGUUGGACUAGAAGACUCUUGGAGCUGGAUUCUGAUUCUGAAAAAUGAAGUGCUUUUUUUAAAAAAAAUAAUAAUGAAGGAUCUUUUUUAUUCUUAAUAAUGCUGCUUAUCAGCCUUCAACUGGUAAAAAAAAUUGUUCUCUACUGCCAUCCGGAGGUUACAAAAUUAUUGAUCCUAGCUGUCAAAGCUGUAGGAAGAAUCUCAGUUCUGGAUAAAAGUCAGUUACUGUGAAAUAUUGCACACACACAUGUAUGUCUUGACCAUUCCUUUAGUGAUUGAAGUUACAAUGGCAUUGAAAAUGGUGAUUUACAAUUAAGUCUCCCAUUUAUGACUUUUCACAGCAUCCCCAUGGGCAUGUGGUGAAAAUUCAAGUAUCAUGAUCAAAAUACAGCAUGUAUUUACAACAGUUGCAGCAUCUGGGAGGCACAUCAUGAUCACCAUUUGCAAUCUUCCCAGACAGCUUCAGACAAUGUCAGUGGGGAGGUGGGAUUCUUCUAAAUAUGACAAUCAGAUAAAAUUGGAGGCCUUAUUCAUGAGAUAAUAGUAAUCUCAGAAUGAGAAUUUAUGUCCAUGACUGCUAAUGAUGAUUACUUUUACAUCCACCCCCUACCUAUGACCUAUUGAUGGGAUGUUUGAAUUAUUUUUCAUGACUAGAAAUUGCACAUAUUUUUUACUAUCUUUUGAUCAACCCUUUUCUAAUAGCAAAAGGUAAAUGAUUCCACUUAUUGAUAGUAUUUGAAAUUACAAAUAGCAACUGUCAUAACUAUCUGCUAUCAAUAUAGCAUCUUGAAUCCAGCAUCAUUAGAAUGGAGUAACUAUUUUGCUGAGGGAUAUGAACAAUACAUGAUUUGAAUUUCUAACGAGGAAAAGAAUUUUCCAAUUGGCAAGUGAUGUCCGUGUAACUAUGGGUCAGACUGGAAAGAAAUCUGAGAAAGGACCAACUUGUUGGAGGAGGCGUGUGAAAUCAGAAUAUAUGAGGCUUAGACAGCUCAAGAGGUUCAGGCGAGCAGAUGAAGUAAAGAGCAUGUUUAAUUAUAAUCGUCAGAAGAUACAAGAAAGAACAGAAAUCUUAAAUCAAGAAUGGAAACAACGCCGGAUACAACCUGUACACAUCAUGACUUCUGUGAGCUCAUUGCGUGGGACCAGGGAGUGUUCUGUCAGCAGUGAUUUAGACUUUCCAAAACAAGUUAUUCCUCUCAAAACUCUGAAUGCUGUUGCCUCAGUUCCCAUAAUGUAUUCUUGGUCACCUCUUCAACAAAAUUUUAUGGUAGAGGAUGAGACAGUUUUACAUAACAUUCCUUAUAUGGGUGAUGAAGUGCUUGAUCAGGAUGGAACAUUUAUUGAAGAAUUAAUCAAAAAUUAUGAUGGAAAGGUACAUGGAGAUAGGGAGUGUGGAUUCAUCAAUGAUGAAAUAUUUGUGGAGUUAGUCAAUGCACUUGGUCAGUACAGUGAUGACGAUGAUGAUGAUGAUGACGACGAUGAUGAUGAUGAUGAUGACAAUCUUGAUGAGAGAAAUGAAAAACUGAAAACAGGGGAGACUAACAGAAUGGAGAAAGAGUGUCAUCCACCUCGGAAGUUUCCUUCUGAUAAGAUAUUUGAAGCCAUUUCUUCAAUGUUUCCUGAUAAGGGUACAGCAGAAGAAUUGAAAGAAAAAUACAAAGAACUUACUGAACAGCAGCUUCCAGGAGCACUUCCUCCUGAGUGCACACCAAACAUAGAUGGACCAAAUGCCAAAUCUGUUCAAAGGGAGCAAAGUCUACACUCUUUUCAUACUCUUUUUUGUAGACGGUGUUUCAAAUAUGAUUGUUUUUUACAUCCAUUCCAUGCGACUCCUAAUACUUACAAACGGAAAAAUACAGAAACUGCAAUAGAUAAUAAACCUUGUGGGCCACACUGUUAUCAACAUCUGGAAGGAGCUAAAGAGUUUGCUGCUGCUUUGACUGCUGAGAGAAUAAAAACACCACCAAAGCGUCCAGGAGGUCGCCGAAGGGGAAGGCUUCCAAAUAAUACCAGUAGACCCAGCACACCAACCAUAAAUGUUCUAGAAUCAAAGGAUACAGACAGUGACAGAGAAGCUGGAACUGAGACUGGAGGUGAAAAUAAUGAUAAAGAAGAAGAAGAGAAAAAAGAUGAGACUUCAAGCUCCUCUGAAGCAAAUUCUAGGUGUCAAACACCAAUCAAGAUGAAGCCAAAUAUAGAGCCUCCAGAAAAUGUUGACUGGAGUGGUGCUGAAGCUUCUAUGUUCAGGGUUCUCAUUGGUACCUACUAUGACAAUUUCUGUGCAAUAGCUAGGUUAAUUGGGACCAAAACAUGCAGGCAGGUAUAUGAAUUUAGAGUAAAGGAAUCUAGUAUUAUUGCUCCAGCACCUGCUGAAGAUGUUGAUACUCCUCCAAGAAAGAAAAAAAGGAAACACAGACUGUGGGCUGCUCAUUGCAGAAAGAUACAGCUAAAGAAGGAUGGAUCAUCUAAUCAUGUUUACAACUACCAGCCAUGUGAUCAUCCACGCCAGCCUUGUGACAAUUCAUGUCCGUGUGUCAUUGCACAGAACUUUUGUGAAAAGUUCUGUCAGUGCAGUUCAGAAUGCCAAAAUAGAUUUCCUGGAUGCCGUUGUAAAGCACAAUGCAAUACAAAGCAGUGUCCUUGCUACUUAGCUGUACGUGAGUGUGAUCCAGAUCUCUGUUUGACAUGUGGAGCAGCUGAUCAUUGGGAUAGUAAAAACGUGUCUUGCAAGAAUUGCAGCAUUCAACGAGGGUCCAAAAAGCAUCUGCUGCUAGCACCUUCUGAUGUGGCAGGCUGGGGGAUUUUCAUUAAGGAUCCAGUGCAGAAAAAUGAAUUCAUCUCUGAAUAUUGUGGAGAGAUUAUUUCUCAGGAUGAAGCAGACAGAAGAGGGAAAGUGUAUGAUAAAUACAUGUGCAGCUUUCUAUUCAAUUUGAAUAAUGAUUUUGUGGUUGAUGCAACACGGAAGGGUAACAAAAUAAGAUUUGCAAACCAUUCAGUCAAUCCCAACUGCUAUGCAAAAGUUAUGAUGGUUAAUGGAGAUCAUAGAAUAGGCAUAUUUGCUAAGAGAGCCAUUCAGACUGGUGAAGAGCUCUUUUUUGAUUACAGAUAUAGUCAGGCUGAUGCCCUCAAGUAUGUAGGCAUUGAAAGAGAAAUGGAAAUCCCUUGAUACCAACUACCUCGCCUAUAAAACAGCUGCCUUAUCUUCAGGAGUUUCUACUAUGGGCAAUUUUAUUUUUAAAAAUUGAAUUGAUGCAAUUUGGAAUGCAAAAUUUGCAAAGUACUGUACCUGUAAUUUAUAUUGACAUUUUAAAAUCAACUUUUUAAUGCCUUUUCACCAGCUGCAUCAAGUUUUGUACCAUUGAUCUUUUGCAAUAAUGCAGUGUGGUACACUUUUUGAACCUUGAAUAAAGGAUACUUGAACUUUGAAUUCAUAUUGUAUGUUGCCAUCUUUAAAUAAAGGCUUGACUGAA